AUGGCGGCUAUGACACAAACCGAAAACGCCUCACCGGCGACGCGCGCUUUGGAAUUGGACUCACCCGGCACAGAAGAAAAUGCGCUCCCACAAAUGUCCGGUAUGAUCUUAGAUGAUCUUGCACCAGAGUUCGUCCUGCAGCUACUAUGUAACAAUCUCGACAAUCUUAGUGCCCUGGAGCCAAACUCUUCAGGCGUUCAGUCGCCCUCAACAGAUCAAGAUAAUAUGAGCAGUAUGGACCUACAUUUCGGGCAUACUGAUGGUGCGGGUGGCCGAAGCAAAGGAGAGGCCUUUCAGCUGGCUGUUCUAGCACGUAGAUUCCUCUCAAAGAGCGUGCCCCCAAUCGCGAUCACCGAUUACCUGGAACGACUACACCGGUUUUGUCCCAUGUCUACCGCCGUGAUCCUUGCCGCCAGCUACUAUAUCACCCGGAUGGUGUUGGUGGAAAAGUCACUCUCCGUCACGCCCAAGAACAUGCACCGACUUGCCCUUGCAGCCGCUCUUGUGGCCACCAAGGCCCUCGAAGACCUCGGCUACCCGCAUAGUCGAGUCGCCAAAGUUGGUGGGGUCAGCGAGCUGGAGCUGUCCAAGUUGGAGAUCAGUUUCUGUUUCUUGUUGGAUUUCGACCUCUAUAUGACCGAGGAGAAGUUGAUUCUCGAAGCGAUGCUACAAUUGAGGUCACAAGGGACCCGAAUUCCCCGUUGA